AUGGCACAAUUUAAAAAGCGUUUGGAAAUGAGAUCUGCUACGGAUUUGAUUCCACUGACUCAAAUUUAUGACGAGGAAGCACGCAAUUUUCCAGAAUCAGCCUCAAAUUACACUAAACAUUCGGCUGAGAGUUUUAUGAGAAGGGCAAGGACAUUGUCACUUCCAAUGAUUCCCGAGACCUUAAGUGAUUUGGCCAAUCAGUUUAUAGCCGGAAAUUUAAACAGAUAUAGUGUUGAUGGGGAAGUAGUUUAUAAAGGUUGUGUACAGGAUACAAAUGGCAAACAUUCUAUAGUAUUUGCAUCACAGUCUCUGAUAACUAAUGCUCUUACUAUGUGUAAGCGAGAAUUACAUGCUGAUGCCACUUUUAGAAUAGUUCCUUCAAAGCCUAAAUGUUACCAACUUUUGACAUUACAAUGUAUAAUAGAAAAUCAUAAUAUACCACUAGUUUAUGCUUUGAUGGAGUCCAAGAAGAAAUGUAGUUACCAAGCUGUGUUAAGUUACAUUAAAACUCAACUUCUACCACACUUCAACCCCCGUAAAAUACUAACUGAUUUUGAAACUGGAUUGAGUAAAACAUUGCAAGACAACUUUCCUUUUGCGAGACGGAUUGGUUGCUGGUUUCAUCACAACCAAGCAGUGUGGAAGAAGAUGAAAAGUCUUGGGUAUUUAAAUUUGGUGAAUGAAAAUCGACAUGCUCUUAAAACAUUAAGACGCAUUAUGGUGCUACCAUUGUUACCUGGAGAUAAAAUCGAUCAAGGCCUAAGAUCUGUAAAGAGAUAUGCACGAAGAAAUGAUAUUAAUAUGAACCUACUAUUUGAUUAUUAUGAAAGGUUUUGGAUUGCCAAAGUAGGAUGUAAUGUAUUAUCUGUUCAUAAUCAACCUAGGAGAACAAACAACCAUCUAGAAUCAUUUCACAAUAAGUUGAGAUAUUCCUUUGGAGUGGCACACCCAAAUCUGUGGACAUUUCUUAAUAAGUUGUGUAAUUUAAUGCAAGGUACAUCGAUCGUAGUAAACCAACUAUCGAAUGGGCUGAAUCCCACAAGGAAUUCAAGAGGAAAAUUUAUUGCUAAUGGUGUAAAAAUAAAAUAUGCUACUCAACAACCACAUCUUGGUCUCAUUAACAUAGAAGAAUUUUUGAAACGUUGUUCGUAUUCCGUGGCAUCAUACGAAGAACGAUUAAGAAAUUUUUCACUUAACAUAACAUAUGACAAUGAAAAUGAAGAAUACUAUGGAAUUCAAGAACAAGAAGAUAACAAUCAAGAACCAGAAGAUGUAUUAAUUGAGAGCGAUAAUGAAAGCUACAAUAGACCAGUUAGUGACGAUGAAACCGAUGAAUUAGGGACAAUAGAUGAUGGUGACCAUGAAUUUGACAAUAUCCUGAACGUUAAUGAACCAAAUGAUCUUGGAAUUGAAGACAAUUUUCAGGCAGAAAAUGUAGAUGAUGGCCCUCUGUUAGAAAAUAUAGAUGAUCAAAUGGUGAACAUUCAACAAAAUGAAAGUGGCAACCAACAGGACAAUGAUUGGAAUGAAGAAGAUUUUAUUAUUGAAGAGGAAUUAGAUCCUGAUAUGAUACGGAUGAUGGAAACUGACCAUAGAAUAAGAAUGUUGGAAAUAGAAAAUUUACCAUUUUUUCAGGUUCCGUCUGUUCUUCCUCCAAUUACCAACUCUGAUCGAAUGUGUGUAGUUUGCUCUAUUUCAGAGAAAACGCAUGCGUUCAUACCAUGUGGACACAUAGCUGUGUGUGGUGAUUGCCUAAUAUUAUUAGACCCGCAACGCUGUCCAUUAUGUAACCAGCAAUUUACAGCAUUUUUAAGAAUUUGGUCAUAA